UCUCACCCGGGCACUAAUGUGACUGUCCUAGACCUGUUUGACCGCAGCGCCAGCUUGCAGCCGCUCUGGAAGCAGGUGGAGGGCUUUACAGAAGCCAUAUAUCCCAUCAUGCAGAACUCAGCUGAUGGCGUCCACCUCAUCUGCUACUCACAAGGUGGCCUGGUGUGUCGAGGAAUCCUGUCCACUCUUCCAGACCAUAAUGUGCACUCUUUCAUAUCUCUGUCUUCUCCGCAGGCGGGGCAGUAUGGAGACACGGACUAUCUGAAGUACCUCUUCCCUCAGUUUGUCAAAUCCAACUUGUAUCAUGUGUGCUAUACUGCAGUGGGCCAGAAAAUAUCAAUCUGUAACUACUGGAAUGACCCUCAUCACAGAGACAUGUACAUCAACAGCAGCGACUAUCUGGCCUUACUGAACAAUGAGAGAGCAAAUCCCAACUCUACUGCUUGGAAACAGAACUUCCUGCACAUUGAGAAGCUGGUGCUGAUUGGUGGAGCUGAUGAUGGAGUCAUCACUCCGUGGCAGUCAAGUCAGUUUGGUUUCUACGAUGAGAAUGAAACAGUCGUUGAGAUGAAAAACCAGAAAGUGUUUUUGAUGGACUUCUUCGGGCUGAAGACGCUGUACGCUCGAGGAGAUCUGGUUCUGUGUUCGAUGGCAGGUGUCGCUCACGUCUUCUGGCACUCCAAUGAAACCGUUUAUAAAACCUGCAUUGAGAAAUGGCUUACAUAGAUACUGACAAACUCCCACACUUGACUACAGAGCUUUCUCUAUUUUCUGUGCAUUGAUACAGUCUUGCACAUUUAGUUUCGGUACACUAAUGCAUCGCCUCAUACAUUUCCCUUACUGUGUCUGCUGACAGAGACACACAUUCAGUGAAAUAUAGGUGUAGAAAGGUGAACACUAAAUAUAAGGAAUAACCAUCAGUGCCUGAGGGAUACAUUUCUCAUUUCUCAUUUUGCAGAAAGAUCUUAACCACUAUCUAUUUUUAAUGUGUGUAGUUAUUGUUUCUAAUUCCUCUUUUGAUUUAUGUGGUGUGUUUGAUGUGGACUGUGCUGCUGCUGUAACAUUUAUGCCUUACAUAGGAUGUGUUUGGACAUGACUUUGUCUCAAAUCCAAGUGCUAACAGUGCAAUGAGAAAGGAGAGAAUGAGGGGAAGAGGAGAAAAAGGGAUAGCGUGAAAGAAAUAGGAAAGGGAAUUGCAUUUGUAGUAUAUAACAUUACCUCUCACUUCACAUCCUUCAAGCCUCAGCCCAACAGUGUGUGUUCGGCCCUAAAGGGACUUGACUGAACAGCUCAUUCAUACGAAACACUUGUGUUAAGGUAUUUUUACUGUUAUUUUAUGCUUAUGGAAACCUGGUGUUUUAUGCAUCUUGCUCUAACAAGGUGUUCAGUUCACAUAGUGUUAACAUUUUUAGGACGAUUCAGAAAAGGGAUUAAUAGAAGCACAGUUUGAAAGAAUGCAUUUAGAAAUCUAUUUCCUCUCUCUGAGGUAAACGUAUGCUAUACAGAUGAGUACUGUACAAAACAUAUUUUUCCAUAUUUAUUGUUAUCAUAGCAGUGUUAUGUGUUUUGUUUGAUCUUUUAGCUUGCUUUAACUAUUUUUAAUUAAAUGCUUAACAUUGGGGGUUAACGGAUAGUUUAACAUGAAGUAUAAGUAUCGUGUCUGAAGUAGAAAAUUCUUUAAUACUGAAGUACACUUUUCAGCUAAGUGCGGUUUUGUUCAAUAUUUCAACAACGUGAAACAUCUCCAGAUGUAGAUUUUGUAAAGGACUUGAGCUGCAUGCCAGUGUGCUUUACUGUUUGUACUCAAGCCAGCUUUCAGAAUAAAAUUUCCAUUUUAUGUAGUUAACAACGGUGUUGUCUAUUGUUAAAUGUUGCCCAUGCAGACUUUGAAGAAAUAGAAAAAGUUAAGAAAUGUUUUUUACAAGUGUGCAUAAGUGCAGCUGUCUAAACCAGGGUUCCUCGAAUCUUGUCCUGGAGGGCCAAUGCGCUGCAGAGUUUAGCUCUAACCCUGAUCAAACUCACUUACCUGUGAUUUUCUAAUGAUCCUGAAGA